GCAGCCUAUUUCUUGUACCAAGAGAGGGAAGAGUGCUUCUUCCCCAACGGGACCGGCCCCGGGGCGGAGGGGCGCUUCCUGUACCGCGCCAUCUACAACCGGCAGGACAUCUACCACUUCGACAGCGACGUGGGGUGGUUCGUGGCCCUCGCGCCCAUGGCCCAAUCCAACGUGGACAAGUUCAACCGGGACCCGGACCAGCUGCGGUCCGCGAAGGCCCAGGUGAACAGCUUCUGCCACCACAACUACGGCAUCAUGGAGCCCUUCGCCCUCGGCAGGAAAAGUGAGCUCGCUCCCCCACCCCGUGCCCCUCGGGAAGAGGGCUGA